CAGCACCAGCCCAGAAGAAGCCAAUUAAAGCAGUUCUGCACCUCAGUCCAUUAAUGAUAAGCUCCAACGUGGGCAGACUAUAUUUUCCUGUGGUAUUUUUCUCUUCCCACAUUACCGUCCGUCCCUGAGACUCAGAAGCCUCACAAUGACUAGAAAUGAUGACAUCCAGCUGAAAAGUGUGUCUCAAUGCAACGGUCACGGUUUGGACAACCCAACAUUUGAGCUGCAGGAAGACGACCUUAAGGAUGACAUUGAAAAAGAAAAUAACAAUGCAUCCAAUAAAUACAUCAGCAAGGUCUCAAAGUCUGCCUCCAAAGUGGAAGGUUUCUUUAAAUCUCAUACACAGACCAUCAAGAACAUUGUACUAGUUCUGCUGGCUGCAGGCUACGUGGCGUAUUUCGUCGCUGCCUGUGUGCUGGACUUUGACAGGGCUCUCGCUCUGGUCAUCCUCACUAGCGUGGCAGUUUUCUUCACCGUCUAUGGACUCAUCAAGCGGUAUAAGGGGGACAGCAUAAAAAAAUGCUUCAAGCCAGCUGGGAGAUGCUUCAAGGCCAACUUAAGGUGGCUGAAGUGGGUGUUCAUCGUGGUGGUUCUGGGACUGCUGGUUGCAUGGCUUGUGGUGGACACGUCCAAGCGGCCGGUGCAGCUCAUCUCCUUUGGAGGAGUCUGCAUGUUCGUUGUCCUGCUCUACAUCUUCUCGGCUCACAGAAGAGUGGUGUCAUGGCGGGCUGUUUUUUGGGGCCUUGGUUUGCAGUUUGUCAUUGGCCUGUUUGUUAUAAGAACCGAACCAGGUCUUAUAGCCUUCCAGUGGCUUGGAGACCAAGUUCAGACAUUCCUAAACUACACCGUGGCUGGCUCAUCGUUUGUUUUUGGAGAUGCACUAGUGAAACAAGCAUUUGCUUUCCAGGCAUUGCCGAUUGUGGUUUUUUUCAGCAGUGUCAUGUCCGUCCUUUAUUACCUUGGGAUAAUGCAGUGGCUGAUCAUUAAGAUCGCAUGGGUCAUGCAGAUCACCAUGGGAACCUCACCUACCGAGACCCUCAGUGUUGCAGGCAACAUAUUCGUCGGGCAGACUGAAGCUCCUCUGCUGAUCCGGCCCUAUCUGCCGGACAUGACCAAAUCUGAGAUCCACGCUGUCAUGACUGGGGGGUUCGCCACCAUCGCCGGGAGCGUCAUGGGGGCUUACAUCUCAUUUGGGAUUGAUGCUUCCUCUUUGAUCUCAGCCUCUGUGAUGGCUGCACCAUGCGCCCUGGCUCUUGCUAAGCUUUCCUAUCCUGAGACUGAGGAGAGCAAGUUCAAGACUGAGGGAGAAAUCAAAGUGGACAGCGGUGGUGAACAGAAUCUUCUGGAAGCUGCCAGCAAUGGAGCAUCUGCCUCCAUUGGACUGGUUGCCAACAUUGCUGCUAAUCUAAUUGCUUUCCUUGCAAUCCUGGACUUCAUAAAUGCUGCACUGAGGUGGCUGGGAGGCAUGGUGGGAUAUCCUGACAUCACUUUUCAGAUGAUCUGCUCUUAUGUGUUCAUGCCGGUGACGUUCAUGAUGGGAAUCCCCUAUGAAGAGUCUUAUGUAGCUGCUGAGCUCAUUGGCACAAAGCUGUUCCUCAAUGAAUUCCUGGCCUAUGAGAGGCUCUCGGAGCUGAAGACUAACAGGCUGAAUGGCCUGCCUGUCAUGAAUGGCACAACCGUACAGUGGAUAUCAGCACGAUCAGAGACCAUCUGCACUUUCGCUCUCUGCGGAUUUGCAAAUUUCAGUUCGCUUGGGAUCAUGAUCGGAGGGCUGUCCUCUAUAUGCCCAUCCAGAAGGGGAGAUAUCUCUCAAGCGGUGAUGCGGGCCCUGUUGACCGGGACCUGUGUGUCUCUGCUCAACGCUUCUGUUGCUGGAAUUCUGUUUGUCCCCCCAACUGACUGUUUGGAUGUGUUCAGAAAUGCAGACUUCAACAGUACAUUUCCAGAGCUCACAAACUGCUGCUCAGACCUCUUUAAAAGCACCUCCUGGGACAACGAAACUGCCAUUUUUGAGGGAACUUGGAGCUCGGUGCAGAAUGCCACGUUAUACUUCAACAAUUGCUGUGGUCUUUACAACAACACAUUGUGCCUGUAGGCCUUCCUCAUGAUUACCUCGCUCAAGGACUUUAGGAGAAAAUUUUUGAAUUUUUUGAUUUGAGAUCUACAUAGAUUUCUUCCAGAGGCUUUAACUUCUACAUGAUAAAAUGUUAUUUUUCUAGCUGUGUUGAUUAAUAAGAGGAUGUGUUAUGUGAUAUCAGAUAUGUGUUGUAUACACUAAUUUAUGUAUGAAAUUACUCAUGUUCUUAAAAACCUGUGGAGUAGUGCGGGUCACUGACUGUCUCUGAGGAUUAUGAUACAAACUCUGGUUGCAGUAAACUCACUGUCUGGCUAAAGGCCAGUUCAGAUCAAUGAUUCGCAACGAGACUGGAUGUAACUUGCAAAAUUCCAAGACGUCUGAUUGUAA